GAAAUUCCCAUGCUAUCCUAUUAUUAGACAUCCUCCACUUGUUUUGCUUUCAUGUUCCUUUUUUAUUUUUCUCUUUCUCAGUCUUCGUUUGCUCAGAAUUGCUAGUUACGUUGGAAAAUUAAGCAAAAGAAGAUGGGAAGGGGUAGGGUUCAGCUGAAACGGAUCGAGAACAAAACUAGCCAGCAAGUGACGUUUUCCAAGCGUAGAUCGGGACUUCUCAAGAAAGCCAACGAAAUCUCUGUGCUAUGUGAUGCUCAAGUUGCUUUGAUUAUGUUCUCUACCAAAGGAAAACUUUUUGAGUAUUCCUCUGAACGCAGCAUGGAAGACGUCCUGGAACGUUACGAGAGAUAUACACAUACAGCACUUACUGGAGCUAAUAACAAUGAAUCACAGGGAAAUUGGUCUUUCGAAUAUAUCAAGCUCACCGCCAAAGUUGAAGUCUUGGACAGGAACGUAAGGAAUUUCUUGGGAAAUGAUCUGGAUCCCUUGAGUUUGAAAGAGCUUCAGAGUUUGGAGCAGCAGCUUGACACAGCUCUGAAGCGCAUCCGAACAAGAAAGAAUCAAGUUAUGAAUGAAUCCAUCUCAGACCUGCAUAAAAGGGCAAGGACAUUACAAGAGCAAAACAGCAAGCUAGCAAAGAUGAAGGAGAAAGCGAAAACAGUGACUGAAGGUCCACAUACUGGCCCAGAAACUCUAGGCCCAAAUUCAUCGACCCUUAACUUAACUUCUCCACAGCUACCACCACCACCACAAAGACUGGUUCCUUCUCUAACUCUCUGUGAGACAUUCCAAGGAAGAGCAUUGGUGGAAGAAACGGGAAAGGCUCAAACAGUCCCUAGUGGCAAUUCUCUCAUCCCACCAUGGAUGCUUCAUAUCUGACUAGUUAGGCUGGCAUGAUUCUGCCAAGUAUGUGACAUGUGAUAUUAUGACAAAGGCUCAACUAUAUAUAUAUGUUAUUAGAAUAGCCAAUUAUAUGCCGAGCUUAAUAACUGCUCAAACUUCUCGCAUGAACUGUGCCCUUCACUUUGAAAUCAAUGGUAUUAAGCAGUUAUUUUGACAAAUGGCACGUGAUGGAUGGUGCUAGUUAAA